GAAGCAGAUCCUGAGCUGUAUUCAGUCGCUGUUGUGGCUGAGAGGCAGGAUAGUCAGUCAGUCAGUCAGUCUGUUCAGUUGAACCGUGAUUGAGCCUGAGGCAAAACAGGAGUCUUUUAAACUAACCGACCAACCGAAAAUAACUACUUCUGGUGUCCCCUGAACCAACUCCGGGUCUGUACGAGACCUUUAAUCCUGCAGAAUGAAAGCGGAGUUCACUACAGAGAGCACCACUGAGUCUUGACAGGCACCAAGGAUGCUGAGGAAACUGAAAGAAGAAAAUACCUGAGGAGGAACUGUGGAAAGACUCUGCGGUGAAUGUCGACAGCAUGUCCAGCCAGUUGGCCGUUUCUUUGUGAAUGGAUUAGAGGUGAAUUGUGACCAUGCGCUGCCUGGCUGCUCGGGUGAACUACAAGACCCUGAUCGUUAUCUGUGCCCUCUUUACACUCAUCACUGUGCUGCUGUGGAACCGCUGCUCCAGUGACACCUCCCUACGCUUCCUUCCCCGUGCUGCCUUGGUUGCUCCAAGUCCCAAGGUGGGGGAUGCUAGUAUCAGCAGCCAGCAACACCCUCCACAACCUCCAGAGCCCCCGCCUGUUGUUGGGGUUGUCGCAGGGAUCAAGUAUGAAGAAAUCGACUGCCUGAUCAAUGAUGAAUCUACAAUCAAAGGCCGGCGGGAGGGCGGCGAGAUAUACCUGCCCUUCAGUUGGAUGGAAAAAUACUUUGAAGUGUACGGCAAAGUGGCGCAGUACGACGGCUACGAUCGGUUUGAGUUCCAGCACAGCUAUUCAAAGGUUUACGCACAGCGUGAGCCCUACCACCCCAAUGGAGUCUUCAUGUCAUUUGAGGGAUACAAUGUGGAGGUCCGUGACCGUGUCAAGUGUAUAAGUGGAAUGGAAGGCGUGCCUCUGUCCACUCAGUGGGGUCCUCAGGGCUACUUCUACGCCAUCCAGAUUGCUCAGUAUGGCUUAAGCCACUACAGCAAAAACCUGACGGAGCGCCCUCCCCACGUGGAGGUCUACGAUACAGCCGAGGACAGAGACAGCCGGGCCAGCACAGCGCCUUGGAGUGUGCCGAAAGGUUGCGUCCUCAGCCGUGUCCUCGACAAGACCCGAGCUACCUCCGUGCGUCAGUUCAGUGCUCCAGAGUCCUCAGAAGGCGUGUCCCUCCAGCUGGGUAACUCCAAAGACUUCAUCCUCAGCUUGGACAUCAAGUUUGCCUCCAACGGCAGCGUGUCUGUGAUCCUGGAAACAACGGAGAAGGGCCCGCCGUUUACCAUCCACUACGUGACCAGCACGCAGCUUAUCUCCUUCAAAGACCAUGAAAUCACAUACGGUGUCGGGCCACGAAGCACCUGGAGCACUCUGACCAGGGACCUGCUCACCGACCUCAGGAAGGGUGUCGGGCUGUCCAACACCAAGGCUGUGAAGGCCACGAAGAUCAUGCCAAGACGGGUGGUGCGAUUAAUCCUACAUGGGCGUGGCUUUGUUGACAAUGUUACUAUCUCCACCACUGCCCACAUGGCCGCCUUCUUCGCCGCUAGCGACUGGCUGAUGCGCAACCAGGACGAGCGAGGCGGCUGGCCCAUCAUGGUCACCCGUAAACUGGGGGAAGGCUUCCGGCCUCUGGAGCCCGGCUGGUACUCAGCCAUGGCUCAGGGCCAGGCCAUGUCCACCCUGGUGAGAGCCUACCUCCUCACCAAGGACCAGGCGUACCUUGACGCUGCGCUGAAGGCAACAGGACCCUACAAGGUGCCUUCAGCGCAGCACGGGGUCAAAGCUGUGUUCAUGAACAAAUACGACUGGUAUGAAGAAUACCCCACCACACCCAGCUCCUUUGUCCUCAACGGCUUCAUCUACUCCCUGCUGGGACUCUACGACUUGACUGAGACAGCCGGGGAGAAGCUCGGCAGGGAGGCAGGGCAGCUGUUCAGCCGCGGCAUGGAGUCGCUGAAGGCCAUGCUGCCGCUCUUUGACACGGGCUCUGGGAGCAUCUACGACCUGCGUCACUUCAUGGUGGCCACAGCGCCCAACCUGGCACGCUGGGACUAUCACACCACGCACAUUAACCAGCUGCAGCUGCUGGCAUCCAUAGACAACGCUCCCAUCUUUAAGGAUGUGGUCAAGCGCUGGAAAAACUACUUAAAAGGGAUUCGUGCCAAGCACAACUAGACAAACUGUAACCCACAUGUAGUAUAGAGCUGAGAUGAUGACAACUGAAAAGUGUGUGUGUGUGUGUGUGUGUGUGUGUGUGUGUGUGUGUGUGUGUGUGUGUGUGUGUGUGUGUGUGUGUGUGUGUGUGUGUGUGUGUGUGUGUGUGUGUGUGUGUGUGUGUGUGUGUGUGUGUGUGUGUGUGUGAUCUAAAGCACGAGUUUAUUCAGCUGCAGCUCUCAACACUAGAAGUUUCUUGUGUGCUCUGUUGCAGGUUCUAUAUUUUCUGCAGCGCUGACUGUAGCUUUCCCCUCCUGUUUGUUUCCUUGAGCUAGUGUUUGUAAUUAUGCACAGACCUAGUUUCGGCGUGUAUGUGUGUGCGCGCGCGUGUUUUAAAGUAACGAUAUAUGGCGUUAGAGAAAGAUGAAGCUCCUUGAAUUGUUUAAGCUGAAUCAUAUUUCCGACAUUCUUUGAUACAUCCAACAGAAGUCUCUUCUCCAGUUGUAUUUUUGUUUACCAUUUCAUCCCAGUAGGCGAGGUUUAUUGAAACAAAUAAACCGAAAACCAGAACAGAAUAUAUUAUAAAUUAUUUGGAGGAGAAUGUUUCCAAAACAAGUUAUCCUAUUAAUAUGAACUAGUUAAACAUUUUGUAUUAAUUUCCUCCACUGCAAAGUUUUUAGUUUUUUUUAAUCCCACAACCCAUAGUAAGAACACCAUGUCAAAGCUGUUAGUUGAGAUAAAUUAUUUCGCUAUCAGAAACGCUGAAGAGUCAAAUACUUUAUGCUUCCAAACUUGCAGCUUCCAUUUCUUUUCUGAAUCUCUUUCCCUUAAAACACAGACGAAUAGUUGCAAAUCAUUUUGGUGUGGUUAUGUAUUUAAUGGGCUUAACUCCUUUUUAAAUAUUUUUUCCUUUUAAUAUUAACUCAUGGAUUAGGUGUCUCUCAAGCUGCUUGAAAUCAGCUCUGAGGAAUAAACACAUUUAAUUUCAGAUGGUUAAACCACUCCGCUACCAGUUAGGUCUCCUUGGUUCCUACCCACAAUUCCACUGUGUUUGGCUGAGCUGUUUUGUAGCCACAUCUGGUCAGAGCUGACUGUAUGACUGCAUCUUUAGUUAUGUGACUGCUGUUCAGGUGACACUGAUGGAAGACUGCAGGUAGCAUGCUGCCACAACAUGGUACAUUCCCUGAGAUAAAUAAUAAUUUAUCCUAAUUAGCUGUCAGUGCUGAAGCCACUGAAAUGCUGUUGUUACCUUUUUUAUGAGAUGUUUUAAGAUGACAAACUGUGUGCUAUUCUAACCCCACUAAAGGUUUUUAAUAAUUCAUAUGCCGCUGCAAAACACAGCUAGUUAGUUCUGCGUCACUGUCACUGUUGCUCUGUUCUUCUCAUUUGCUUUGUUUUGUUUUUGGUAAAAUCUAGAAAACAGUUGGGAUUUAGAUUGAGUGAGCCAGAUAUAUUUAACUUCCUCAUGGAUGUGUUGUCUUAAAGUGGAUUCCCAGUAGGGCUGCAAGAUAUGAGGAAAAUAUGCGCUAUGCGACAAUUUGUUGAAUAGCAUGAAAACGAUAUUACUUGCGAUACAUAAACAGAUAUCAAAGUGUACUCAGUUCUGCCUUUCUGCUGCUUUCAGUAUUCUGCUAAAAUACCACAAAAUGCUUGUUGAAUUUAAAACAAACGAAAGGAAAUCAUUCUUUUAUUGAUCAAAUUGAACACGGAAUUGAAUGUCGCAGCAUUUCACGGUGUGUUUAUUGCACUAGUUGAUAUCGCGAUGACAAUAACAAAAACUGUAUAUUGUCAAUCAUUUCUUCAGAUAUUUGCAGGUAACUAUUUUGCCUACAGAUGUAAAUGAGUCAAUCUGGGCUUUCUGUGGCACGUUUAAAUUUUGAUUAAUGUCCCUCAUAAAUAAGAUAAAUACAAACCGAAAAGUCCACUAAAAUCGUCAUGCAUAUCGGUCUAAAUAAAGGCCCAGCAGUGUCAUUUUUAAGCUCCCUUAACCCCAUAAGAAAUAAACACAGGAAAUAAUCCCUUGGCCUGUCAUUGUUUAACAUUAAAAUCUUUACAUGCCUUUCAUUUUCCUUGGUUUGAACAUCCGCACCAUUAGUUACAUUUCAUUUCAUUCUUUUAGAGGCCCCGCUGAUGACCUUUUUUGGAAACUCAUCUGAAAAGCUCUUCCUCUGUAAUUGGUAUGUACUUCCAGAUAAUAAUUGCACGAAACAAGUAGGUGGUGGUAGAUGUAUUCGUUGUGUAUUCGGGGAGAAAGACGUGGGCAGGAGAAGCACAGCUGCGUCUCGCUAACCCGUCAGUUUAUAACAUUUAAAUAGACAAUGCCAGGAGUACUGAUGGUGGAGGUCAAUUCUUGACGAGCGUAAAGAGGCCGUCGGUCCCAGCAGGCUCUCUUUGCACUAACAAUUCACCCGGCUAAUAGGCUGGAGAGCCUGCACAAAGAGUGCAGUCGCUAGUCAGGGAUGAGUCAGCAGCACUCGCAACAAAACAAAGUGGAGGCCUCAGCAUCAAUGAGGCUUUCAUUGAUCUACCUUAAAGAUUAUUAAUGGAGGAGAAUCAUGCCCGUUUGUUCUCCUCAAGGUGUUGAUGCUGAAUUUUCUUUGAUCAUUUUCAUGUAAACUUUGAGAUGGAAAAACAAUUUCCCUGCCUUGAAGUUGUCUUAGUGCGAGCUAAUAAGACAAAAUCAAAGAAGCAUUGAUUAUUUCCGAUGUAAUGUUGGAUACAAGACAAGUCUAAGUUUAAACUCAUCAUUAAUUCCUCCGGGUGCAUCUACCUCACCUCACUGCUUCCAUCUGUAACUCAACUUUGUGCAUUCAGAACUAAAGAAGGAUUUAUGACGGAGUAUUACAGCCACUGUUAGGAAGAAAAUAAUUCGAGAUCUCAAGAAAAGUAAUAUUCAAGAAUAAAGUCACAAUAUUAAGAGGAAAAACAAGGUAACUGUUCAAUACAAUAUAUAUAAUGCAUAUGUACUGUAUUGUUCAGAUACUAGUUCAGGAAAAGCUACAACAUGCACUUGUAAUACAAUCCAUCCCGUUUAAUCAUAAAAUACAGCAUAUUGUUCUUGAAGCACUUUAUCCUAAUAUGACUUUAGUCUUGUAAAAUUAUGACUUUAUUCUUGAAAUAUGAAUUUUUCUCUUUCUUUUUUACUUAUGACUUUAUUCCCAAAAUCUUAGUUUUUUCGUAGAGGUUGUAAUGUAGAUGAAAUUAAUUAUAUUGAAGUUCUGUUUUUAAAGUUAAAAAGAUAAUUAUCCCAGAGAAGUGGUAUGAGUGCAUGUUUUGAUAAUGCCAAUUUUUUUUGUACGCUUGAUUUCCUGGUGGUAUCUUUCUCCCAUGAACCCUUCUUCCAUUCUUUGCCAUUUUGACAGGACAGGUAGAAAUAUUUAGUUUAAAACGAACAUUCAGGAAUGGAAGUUUAAUAACUGUCUUUAUUUAGUUUAUACCAAAGUCAUUGAUUCAAGUAUAUUUGAAUUGUCUAUUUUUGUGCAAACCGAUUUCCAUUCAGCAUUUAAUGAUGUUAAGUCUCCUUGGAGAUGUCACAGAGAGACACUGCCUUUAGAGAAAUGCUAGUUUUUCAAAUGUAGGUUGAAUAGAUUAUAGCAAAAAUAAGAUGUGUAAAACUUGCUUACCGUAAGGGUGUGUGCAACUAGAGAUUAGCAUUGAGUCGGCUACUGUUAAAGGGAAAGGAGCCCGUAGCUGCUGUUUUUCUUGUGAGUGUGUGUUUGCAUCAUUCAUCGUUUAUUGGAAUAAUUUACAGAGGAGUAAGAUGUUUUGCUAGAUAGACAAAAGCACAACUGCCGUUUAUUGUCACGUUUUUUGGUUGCAUUUCUUUCAGAUUGCUUUGUUUUUUCUUUUCAGGACAAUGUGCAACGCCUUCAUUAAGAAAGCUGCUAUCAUUGUUCACUGUGUAACCGGUAUGAGAGCUUCUUUUUCCUCAUUUUAGUGUUUAUUUUUUCAGUCUUUCCACGAUCCGUUAAAGACUUUAACAAAUGACCGCUGAGGUCAAAUGUGAUUUAUGCAAUAACCUGUUUACUGGGGUCGUGAGCACCACAGGAGACCCAGAGCGGAUCUACAGACUUUGCAAUUCAAGCACAAUGUGCAAAUGCUACCAUUUUUUUAGUCCAAUGAAGAGAGGUGUUUAUAUACAGAGUAAAUCUUAGUGCUUUAAAAAUGUGCUUUUUAAAGGUGUAAAAAAUAAAAGCAUUUUUCUUAAACUUC